AUGUACGACAGUGCCGCUUCAAAGUUCGAGCCCGUCCCGGACGGCCCCUACGAGGCGCCUGAGAUUACCUCACAACCGGCUGGGCAUGAGCACUUUGACGCUACCCGCGAAAUCAAGCUCAAAGAGACAUACGGCAGAGAGCUUCCCGUCACUUCGUACAGGGACCACUACCCCCCCAAGGAGUCCCUGCAGCCCGGGGAGCCCCUAGAGCUGGCCAGCAGCGGCGCGCCGUUCACUGCCCGUACGACAUACGACGAUGAGUUUUAUAAAAAGCCCCGCAUGCCGCGCCCUGUUGAGCCGUUGACGUACACCCAUCGGCCGGGGCCCAUGAUUACGCGUGACACCACCAACCAGGACACCUACCGGCCCUUCGAGGUGCCUGUGGAGCCCGUGGCGGUGGCCACCCGAGAUGCCACCGCACCGCCCCCCAACAUCCCCUCCAUCUACGAAACCACCUACCGCAAGCAGUACGUGCCCAAAGCGGGGGAGCCAAGGGUACCACCAGGCGCCAUCCCGCCCAAGGACCCUCUUCCCUGGCUCAACGACGGCACUACCUACCGCAACGACUACGUGCCCAAGCCGCUGGUGCUGCUGCCGCCACCGGACUACGACCCCUUCAACCCCGUUCCCUUCGACGCGACGACCGAGUACCGUGCCGAGUACCCCGCGAAGGAGAACCCGCCACAGCUGCCCCCGCUCACCGGCGUGCGCUGUCGAGAUGGACUGGCGCUACCCCUACCCCGCCGCUCCCUCGGCGUGGAGUUCGUGCACCGGGGCAAGACCGACCAUUACUUUGUGCUGCUGCCACGCACCAUGGAAGCGCCGUGCUCUGCGAGACAGGUCUUCACGACCGUGCAUGACAAUCAGGAGCAGGCUUGUAUUCUCAUCCUGUACGGUGAUGACCCGGUGGCGUCCAACAACAUGUUGCUGGGCCAGUUUGACAUUGUCAACAUUCCGCCCGCACCCAAGGACGUGCCGCGAAUCGAGGUGACCUUCCGCCUCAGUCACGACUUGUUCCUAACGGUCGAAGCAAAAGAUCUGGACACGGAGCGCCACAAGCGAUGUGCUCUGCCAAGCAAACUGGCAGAGGCCUUUAAGGCUGCCAGAUAA